UCUGGGGGUUCAGGGAUCAGGGCUCUGAGGGCGCUGCUGGGCACAGAGCCAGUGCUGGGUGAUGUGGGCUGGGCUGUGUGGCUGUGGCCAGUCAGAGUCUGUGGCAGGUCUGGCAGCAGCACACUGCUGAAUCUGGAGAUCCCCAUGACUCUUCUAAUCCCUGUUUUCUGAAUUCCCUUUCAGGCUCAUCUCUGUCACGCCAAGAUGUCCUGCUACGAUGUGUGUCCCCCCAGGAGCAGCUAUGAGCUUUGCACCCCCAAAACCAGCGUGGCUGUGCCCCAGCCCAUCGCUGAGAGCUGCAACGAGCUGUGUGCCCGCCAGUGCCCCGACUCCUCGGCCUUGAUCCAGCCGCCCCCCGUGGUGGUCACCUUCCCCGGCCCCAUCCUCACCUCCUUCCCCCAGCAAGCCGUGGUGGGCUCCUCCGGAGCACCGGCCUUUGGCGGCUCCCUGGGGCUGGGCGGCCUCUACGGCGCCGGCGCCACCCAGGCCUCGGCUGGCCUCUGCACCUUUGGCAGAGCCUGCGCUGCUCCCGCCUACAGCCCUUGCGCCCUGCCCCGCUACAGCAAGAAGCUCUGGGACACCUGCGGGCCCUGCUAGAGCCACCACAGCCCAGCCCGAACGCGUGCGGCCGCCUCAGCCCAGCAUGGAGGAGUUGAGCUCUGCACAAGCUGCCCUGGCCUCCUGCAGCCUGUAACACCCGGCCAGCCUGGAGCUUGCCCAGCGCCCCUCUCCUGGUCUCUCCUGCCCUUCUU